UCGAUCUAAAUUCUAAGAAUCGAGCUUUUAAUCACCGGCGAGAAGUUUGACCGGUUCCCGCAAAACCUCCCGGGGUGAUAUCAAUACAUUCAGGCGGCCAAUUAAGAAUAAAGAGUACCCUCCCGCGGUUUCUAGCUUCCCAUUCCUUCUUUCCCGGAAUUUCCCUCUUCUCUGCCCUUAUAAGGCCCAGUUCGAUUCUCCUCCAUAACCCCUCACAGUUUUCUUUUUACCAUCAACCCCACCUACGAUAUUUGAUCAUAUAUCUCAUAUCUAAUCCUCUGCCAAUUCCAAGUUUUUCAACCGUACAAAACUAUGAACUUUUUUCAGGCUCUCUCUCGGUCGGUUUCGCAGCGAGAUCAAUCUCAAUAUCAUACCAUUCAGAUGACAAACUCACCCUCCAAUGGCAAAGCGGACUUUGACAAGUUCUUCGAAGAUAUGGAGGACAUCAAGGCCGAUCUGAGAAACCUCGAAACUCUCUACAAUCAGCUGCAAUUCGCACAGGAGCAAAGCAAAACUCUGCGUAAUCCAGAGUCCAUCAAGGAGCUCAGGUCCAAGAUGGACAACCAGGUUGUUUCAUCUUUUAAGAAGGUCAUGUUCCUCCAGACCCGCCUCCAAGCACUUCACAGCUCCACCGCUUCCUUCAAUAAGUUUAUAAUUUAUACGAUAAUUCUGCUUAUCGUGUUCAUAUUGGCUACGGCUCUCUUCAUGGCAGGGCCGUGGUGGUAA